UAGUAAGACAGAAUUUACUAGUACGUCCUAGUUGCAAGUUGCUUACAUCAAUAUACAAAUAUGCUUCGUUUGUGUCUAUUCGCUUUGAUCUCCGCCGCGUCAGCUGACGUCAUCUUCGACGGACCCUGUCCCAGUGUGAAGCCGAUGGAGAACUUUGAUUUCAAUGCCUAUCAAGGAGCCUGGUAUGAAAUAGCUCGUUACCCGAAUGCUGGUGAAGAGGGCGCUAGAGGCAAAUGUACCGUGGCUGAGUACACAGUAUUCGGUGACAGCGGCAAAGUUAGAAACACCCACGUCAUAGAUGGAGUGCAAUCAUUCAUUGAUGGAGAUUUGACUCUUGUUGGACCCGCACGAGUCAGGCUUACGUAUACUUUUGGAGGACGAUCAAAAUACUCCUACCUCACUGUCCUGGAUACCGACUACCAGAACUAUGCCAUUGGUUACAGUUGCAAAUACUUCCCUGACGGCAACAACCAUCAAGUGUUCUCUUGGAUCAAGUCAAGGAGCCCCGCUAUGGAUGCCUACUCAAGGGCCAUUGUCGAUGACUACCUGAAAAAAUCAACAAUCCUUGAUACCAACAGAUACGUCGCAAAUGACUUUUCCCCAUCAGCGUGUCAAGCGGGCGUCGUCAAACCUAUUACUGAAUUCCUUAAAGAAUAAGUGUAAUUAUUGUUUUAAACAUAUAAAUAAAUAAUUAAAUAAGGUA